AUGACCCGGUCUUCGUCUCGGCUGGCUGGUCUUCUUGCCCUGUCCCUUGCCCUAUGCGGCGUCGAGGCACGGCCCCCGACGCUGAAAGCUGCGAGCCCCAAUUUGCCCUCGGACCCCAGCACCAUCUCGACCUGUACCUGGUGGUGGGAUAAUGACGACGGGGCCAUUGCAUGCGAAGACAUGCCGUUCGAAUGGGGCAUUAGCAUGGAGGACUUCCUCCUCUGGGUAAGUUCAGCCCGUGCAUUUCUACUACCCAAGCUCUCACUGACCUCAAGCCGACAGAACCCUUCCAUCACUGCCGACUGUGGCAACUAUUUGACCGGACGGUCUUACUGCGUUGAAGCCCCUGCAGGUGGCACUGGACCUUCUCCGACCACCACUGCCACCACAACCACAGGGCCAGCACCGACAAGCGGCAAUGGCAUAGAGACACCGCUGCCGACACGACCAGGCAUGGCGGACAACUGUAACGCCUUCUACUAUGUCGAGGUCGGAGACUCAUGUCCCUCCAUCACCUCCGUCCACGGCAUUACUACCGCACAGUUCAUCGAAUGGAACCCCUCUGUCGGGCCCGACUGCACCGGGCUCUGGGCAAGCUACUAUCUGUGCGUCAGUGUAAUCGGCCAUAACCCUGUGACGACAACAACAAAAACAACCAGUACACCACCGGGCCCGACGAACGGCAUUGAAACACCCCUCCCGAUCCAACCAGGCAUGGUCGACAACUGCGAUGCCUUCCACCUGGUGAAGUCGGGAGACAUCUGCGAUACCAUCGCUGCCACGUAUAAAAUCACGACUACCCAGUUUGCUACCUGGAACUCAGCCGUCGGUCCCACCUGCAGCGGCCUGUGGGCCAACACCUAUGCCUGCGUCAGUGUCAUCGGCCAUACUCCCAACCCAACAACCACCACCACCACCACGACCAAACCACCACCGACAACCACAUCCGCAACAGGUCCCUCCCCCACUCAAUCCGGUCUCACUGCAACCUGUGUAACUUUCUAUAAGGCCCAAAACGGGGAUACAUGCGAAAUCAUUGCGCGACAAAAGUUCCGCUACAUUUAUUCCCUGCCCCUGUUCAAACGGUGGAACCCCGCUGUUGGGGAGAACUGUGAUAACCUCCUCCCUGGGUACUAUUACUGUGUUGCAACGGAGCUCCACCAGCCUAUGCCAGGAAUUAUCGACACCUGUAAGGGGUAUUACCAGGUAAAGGACGGAGACAGCUGCUGGUCAAUUCAGCAGCAGUACGGCAUUACGGCCACAGAAUUCAAUCGCUGGAAUCCGUUGGUGGGGAGCUCAUGCUCGAGCCUAUGGUUGCGGUAUUUUGUUUGCGUUGGUGUCUGA